AGGCGCCGCCCGCACUUAUACUACCACCCCCUACCUGUUAAUCCCAUGCAGAAUCGCCUGAUUCGACUCUUGUAAUCGUUACUACUCCUGUUCGUCUAUGUUUUGUUACCAGAUCGCUCUAAUCUAGCAUACCACUGCCAGCGAGAGGUCACCAGCUACAGUUUACUUACAGUAUCCCUACAGUAAUCCUCAUGGGUGAAAUAUUUUUGAACCCAAUGUUUGACUCGUCCGAUUCCGAUUCUGAACUAUCGUAUUCGAGCCGAUAUCGAUCCGUUUCGCAUCACUCUUUACCACAUCCACGAAGCCGGUACUUACCUCGUGCCUCCUCUGUAGUCUCGUCCACCUACUCAACCGUUGGUCUGCUGCAGAUGAUAAGUCCAGACCUUCGACAAUCACUUUCCGGCCUUUUAAUACCAUCCGAAGCCAUUGUGCUCGAGUCUAUUGUGGGCAAGGGUUAUUUUGGAAAUGUUUAUCGUGGACAUAUGCGAGACUCGGCAGGCAGAACACAUCCAGUUGCUGUAAAGACCCUUAAAGGCGAACGCUCGCGCGACAUCGCUCACAUUGAGAAAUUUCUCCGUGAGGGAAUAAUUAUGAAGCAUUUCGACCAUCAUCAUGUCCUUUCCCUAAAAGGCAUCGCAAUCUCACCAUCGGGAACUCCGUGGGUGGUCUUGCCCUACAUGGAAGGAGGCGAUUUGAAGACCUAUAUCGCUGAUCCGAGCAGAGCUCUUUGCGUGCUGGAACUUCUUGACUUUGCCUAUCAAGUGGCCCAAGGAAUGGCGUAUCUAGCCGCUCAACAUUUUGUCCAUAGAGACCUUGCUGCUAGAAACUGCAUGAUAUCGUCGAAUCGAGUGGUCAAAGUCGCAGAUUUCGGCCUAGCCGUUGACUUACUGGAUAAAGAGUCGUAUAUAGAUGAGUCGGAAACAGGGCCAGCUCGAUUGCCUCUGAAAUGGCUUGCGCCUGAGAGUCUCAGAGACCGACGAGUAUUCAAUGCCGCUACGGAUGUGUGGUCGUUCGGUGUGUUGAUGUGGGAACUAAUGACACGAGCUGCUUCUCCUUACGGGGACGUCUCUAAUGCCAAAGUUCGACAAUAUCUUGAAAGCGGUUUGAGGCUUCCUCAGCCGAUGCAUUGUCCGGAUGUAAUUUACGAUCUAAUGCAAUGUUGUUGGCGUUCAUUGCCAGAUGAUCGGCCAGAUUUCGUAUUUCUUGUACAUCGAAUCAGAGCUUUAUUGCAGGAGAACACUCCUGACCCGUACACGCGGCGACUACGCCCUGGAGCUGAGGCGUUCCUUCUGCCUGUACUUCCUGGAAGACAUUUCACCAACUAUUUUGCUAAUCAACUUCAUCGAUAACGCCUCGAGCUUGGCACGACGUUGUCGAACCGAAAAAGUGUUUAACACACGCUGCCCGAAUUUGCUCAGAGAUGAUGCACGUUUCCUUCGACGAGGAGAAGAAGCCCAACACAUAAAGACAUAAGCGUGCCCUUUGAGUCUUGUCUGAAGAGACGGCUAUAUUCUAGGUCUUCCAAAAUGUAUAUUCUACACACCCCAUCACACUUUCAGACAAGAUGCCAUUCUAAAAGCUCAUUUAAGC